GUAAUGUAGGAUGUCUGGAUCACCGCAGUGAUUGCGGUGGUUUGCGACCAAACGGGACAGCUGCGACGGGCGCGUGCCCUGGACCCUGUCAAUGCGUUGAAGAGGAAAUCUGGAAUAGUAACGCGCCGCCUAAACCGAAUUGCCAAUGGCUGAGUAACUUUGCCGAGUUGCGCCGUCAAUGGAGCGAUUACGGUCGCCAGCAGACGUGUAAAUGCUGCAACUGCAGUCGAUCGUGCAGAACUGUCGCUCCGGACCGACUGUGUCUUUCACCAGCACCGCCGUGUUCCGGUACCAUUUUAACUGCGUCAGUCUGUCAGGUACACUGAAGCAGAUUCCUUGCCAAGAAUAGAAAGCGCUUGAGAUUCCUCUAAGAAAUGCUGUGGGAGCCGUCGUUUAGCGGGUGGAGGAAGCAAAUCGGAAAUGGCAUCGAUAAAUAAAUCGACUUCGCCUGAACGACCCUUAAAACGGGAAACGGGCGGUGGUUGUCCGAGCUGUACUUAUCCAUCGACCUGCUGCUCUUCUAAUGCAGAUUGCUCGUCGACCGUUUCGUCUUGCUGCCCAUCGCAAUGCAGAUAUUCUCUUCCGUCACGACAGGCACCCGACUGUUAUUCCUGCACCUCGCCUACCGCUCUGAAAACUACUUGCAAGAAGCGCACCUGCUGUCAGUAUAACACGAGUUGUUGCCUGUGUCAACCGAUACCACGCGACUGCAAUUGCCCGCUGCCAGUCCAGGUGGAUGUGCGCGCUAAUGGCGAAUGUUCUUGUGACUGCCCUUCCAGCCCGGAAUGUGCAUGUCCACCCAGCGAGCGAAGGUUUCCGAAAACGACAAUCAAAUGUCCCAACGCGCGUAUCUGCUGUCCCUUCCCUCGAUUACCACCAGCUCCCAAAUGUUAUUGCGCGCGAUGUCAAUCGUGUCUACCGCCAGUCUGCCAUCCAUGCUCAGCUACUAAGUGUCGGGGACCAAUUCCACCGAAGAAUUUUUGUUGCCCUGGCUUACCUACAUCGUGCCAACCUUGUCGACCGACUUCAUCUUGUCAUCCUUCGACAUCUCGUAAAAAAUUAAUGUUUUGCACCGAGCGGAAUAGUCGACCCUGUACAGGAACAGGUGUCAGCUGUACGAAGGAAACAUCAAGCACACACGCCCAAACACAAGAAGGGAAUAAGGAGAGUACAUGCUGCAACAUGUUUUCUAAUCUCGGUGGCAUCGGCUAUUCAAUUCUCGUGCCAAGUCCAUUGGCAUUAAUAUCCUUCGCUCUACUGAUCCUUAUAGCCGUCACCUGGUCCUCCGGUGCAGCCUUUUAUCAUCGUUACUUAUUACGCAAGAAAAUCUGUUGGAAAUAUUUAAAAAGCUUAUGACUAUAAUAUAAUAAAGUAAAAUAAACAUUGUUUAAAAUUACUAAAAUAUACAAAUACGCAGAUAAAUCAACAUCAACUUGAUAAAGACAUAGUUUGUAAAUUAUGCAUUUCAGGUACAAUAUUUGUAAAAUGUUUUUGAAAAAUAAAGCAUUCACUACAAGUACAUAUUAAAAUGUAUGCAGAAAUGUUAAUCU